CACAGAGACACACUCAAUUCCUUUAAAUACUCCAUUAGUAGUACCCACAGCACUCACAAUUUCAGUUUUAUAUCUUCUUUCGCAUUUCGCUUUGGCCAUGCCUCCAAUUUUCCUUCAAUGGCUUAGUCUAGUUGCGAUGGUUUUGCUUCAAUCCAUAAAUGGAACUAACUCAAAUUUCCCGGCUUACUCAUCCCAACUCAAGCAUCUCCUCUCCAUGUCACAAAUUCAGCUCAAUAACCUUGCCUUUGCCUCUGAUGCCGGUAAGUUGUUCGGGUGGCUUUCAGGCAUAGCUGCCAAUUACCUGCCCAUGUGGCUGGUCCUUAUCCUCGGUUCAUCUCUCGGGCUGGUUGGUUAUGGAGUGCAAUAUCUCCUCCUCAUAGGCCGUGUCUCCAACUUGCCAUAUGGUGCCAUUUUCUUCCUCGCUAUGCUAGCAGGAAAUAGCAUUUGUUGGAUCAACACCGUUUGCUACCUCGUUGCCAUUAGAAACUUCCCCCUCGACGGCCAACUCGUCAUAGGAUUGACAGGUAGCUACCAGGGAUUAAGUGCAAAAAUCUAUACAGAUAUUGUGGAUGUCAUCUACCCUUCUUCAGACGUGAAGAGAGCCAGAGCCUAUCUUUUACUUAGCUCUAUCUUACCCCUCAUAGUUAGUGUCAUAAAUGCACCAUUAGUUAGAGUUAUUAAAGUUAUGAAGACAAAGAGGGCCAAAGAUGCAUUUAUAUUCAUUCUUGUCAUAACAAUAGCCACAGGAGCCUUUGCUGUCAUGGGCAGUAUAGGAUCAACAUCAAGCUUGUUAUCACCAUUUGCUAGUGCUGUUGGAAUGCUAACGUUGCUAUUAGCCCCACUUUUAAUCCCCUUAGGUUUGGGACUAAGACAUCAAAUUAAGCAACUUGCAGAGGAAAAAGUUCAUAUAGAGGAGAUUAAUAAUGUUUCUAUGGACAAAAUGGAGAGUGGGGUGAAAUUAGAUAUCAGUGAAAUCAUAAGUGAGAGCCCAAGUGAAAGUUUCGAGUUAAGUUUUAGUUCUACUAGUGAAGAAUUUAAUGGAGAGAUAAGAGAAAGCAAUAAUGGAGAUGAUAGGAUAAGUGAAACAAACGAGGUAAUUAGUGUGAUAGAGGAGAUCGGUGUGAAGGUGAUGCUAAGGAGAUUGAACUUUUGGUUAUAUUUCUUUGUUUAUCUUUUCGGUGUUACACUGGCCUUGGUUUUCUUCAACAACUUAGGACAAAUAGCUGAAUCUCGAGGGCGUUCAGCUUCGUCUCUUGUUUCAUUAUCUUCUUCGUUUGGUUUCUUUGGCCGUCUCGUACCAUCAAUCGUGGAAUACUUUGUCUCAAGGAGAAAAUACAUGAUAUCGAGACCAGCAUUUGUGGUGGCAUUAAUGGCACCAACAGGAGCAGCCUUCUUCUUAUUACUUGCCAACGACACCAGCGUACUAUGGCUUUAUAUUAGCACCGCCAUUAUAGGAGUGUGUUCGGGGGCAAUUACUACCAUAUCUGUAUCUUUAACGACGGAACUGUUCGGGACCAAAAAUUUUGGCGUCAACCAUAAUGUUUUGGUGGUCAAUAUUCCCAUCGGAUCCUUACUCUUUGGUUACCUAGCAGCUGUUGUUUAUCACAAAGAAGGAAAUGCAGAGGGGAAAUGCUUUGGCAUGAAAUGCUACAGAAAGACCUUUAGUUUGUGGGGUACGCUUUGUUUUAUUGGAACCUUCCUCGCUUUAAUCCUUUACGCUCGUACCCGAAAGUUUUACAACUCGAAAAGAUCAUAGGGUAAUAGAAACUAAUUAUAUUUUAUUAUUACAGGGUUAGAUUUAACUUGCUAAUUAUUUUUGUAUUUGUGUUUAACUUUAAAAGAAAUAAAUAAAUAAAAUUAUGAAUUUCA